UGGCAAAGGUGUCUGCUUGCCCAAGCAGCAAAAUGUACUGAAAGUCGGGUACAAUAGGGGCGGACGGGUAGGUGGAAGGCCUUGAACAGACUCGUGAAACUAAGGGACAUCGAUAAGACACAUACCAUCCACCCCUAUUGCACUCGACUUUCAGUACAUUGUGCUGCUUGGGUGGUCAGUCUUUGUUAACGACUAUCUCAGUGAAGGAGUAGAAGCGCCUGAGGUGUAUCGGCUCAAGUGUCGGAAGAUGGCGUCCGAAAAAUACAUCAUUGGAGUGUGCGAAACGCUGGAUUGGCGACCCGUGGAAUUUGUAGACCUGCCUCCGACUCAGUCUUGCAGUUUAUGCAACGUUGUUCCGGGUAAGACGUACGUUCUACAAUGUUCCCACGCACUAUGCGAAAUCUGCUACGAUGGUCUACUCAAAAGUGGUCGAAGUUGUCCUCUGGACAACGAAUGCUUCGACGAAAGUUGUGUACAAAUGUUAAAGGUUGACAGACGUUACGUUGAAACGCAGAUAAUAUUGUGCAUGAAUACCAAGUAUGGGUGUGGUUUCGUUGGAACGGUAGAAGAAAUGAAGCAUCACUUCCUGAAAGAGUGCAAUUUCCAAGCUGUCACGUGCAAGCUUUGCAAUGCCAAGGUGCUUCGUCGGCAGAUUGUCAACCAUUACACCCAACGCUGCCAACGCAGGAACUCUUUGCCUGGUGAGGAUUAUCUCCAUGGUGAUCUUGUCGAGUUCCAGAAGGAGACGUUGGCCUCGGUAAGAAAAAACGGAGAGAAGAUGACUUCAACGGAACAGCAGCUGAAGAGAAUUCUCGAGAAGCAGGAACACUUAGACACUACACUGAGCCACGUUGGAAGGGAGUUCCAUGAGCAAGUGCGAAUCUCCGACGAGGCUGUGAACAGGACACUGGAAACGUCGUUGGGAGAUGUGAACACGAACUUGUCGAAAAUUCUCGAGAAACAAGAUUGUGCAGCUGCUGAGCUGAGCAAUGUCGCCAGACAGUUUCAUUACCAGCACGAGGAACAGGCAAAAGUUUACAGUGAGGUUACGAAGACAGGCAUUCUACUAGAAAAACUGCUGCAAGAUACUCACAAGAACUUUUCUGCAAUCACUGAAAAGGUUAUCAACUUCUCCUCGGAUAAUGGAAGAACAAAGGAAUGCGUAGAGUCGAAUUCAAAUGAUGUGUCUCGAUGUCUUCAGUGCGUUAGAGAUACCAUAGCCGAUGUGUCCUGUAUGUUGGCUCGGCUAGACGACGGUCACGAAAACCUGGAGAGCAUAAAACGAGACCUACAUGUGUUACUGCAGCAUUCAGAGGAGGCGAUGAAGUUUAUCAACAUGGAUACGGAAGCGAAUGAAAUGAAACCAAUGGCGAGGGUAGUUCUCGACAUCAACCAGAAAAUGAAAUCUAUGGAAGAAGCUACGAGUAGUCUACAUCUUGUCUGGUUGUCUGAGUCUAACGAAGUUUCCCGUCAGAUACAAGGAUUUUCAGAGUUUCGAAAGGAAGGAGAAGAAAAGAUUGCCUUUCGUCGUUCUGAUGGUUUCGUUUUCUGUGGAUACUCUGUGAUGUUACAAGUAGAAAUCGACAAACGAGAUGGCGUCCUUUACCUCGGUUUGUAUUUGCGCAUUUGUCGGGGCUGGAGGGAUUCUCUUUUGAAGUGGCCAUUCUCCAUUCCUUACAGCGUUAUAUUGUUUCAUCCAGCGGACAAGAUGAAGAAUAUUGAAUACUCUGUAAAAGACUUUAGUGCUCCCCACAAGGAUGAGCGUAAUAUUUUCUUCAGGCCAACUACAUCUUUUAACCAUGGAUGGGGUCCAUGGAAACUUUGCAAAGUGAAAGACAUGGAAGGUGGCGGAUUUAUAAUUGAUGAUUCAUUCUGCGUUGGUGUCAAAGUUUGUCAAACACCGUAAUCGCUGGUGCACUUCCAGCAUGAAGAACAAACGAAUAAACAAGGAAGAGAGCACGCUCCAAUCGA